UUAAACCCUAACAAAAAAAUUCACCAUUGAGAAUGAAGCGAGUAUGGAGAUUCUCUUCAAACGCAGCAGCGCGUGGAACCCGUUUCUCGUCAAAACCCAAACCCAUUCCCUCCACCACCACCGCCACCACCACCACCACCACCACCACCGUGCUCUCUCAUGGCCUCACCCGCCAUUCCAGCACCCUGUCAACCGGACUCACAGGCAUCGUCGCCUUGUUCACCGCAAAGUCCCCUCCGAACAAAGACGAACUCACCGUCAAAGUCGCGAUUCUCAGGAACGAAUUGGUUCGAGAAGCAUCGGACUCUGCAAAGAUUCUCCGCAUCUUGAAUGAAAACUCUGAAUCUCUGAAUCGCCCUCACCCUGCUGGAUCCGUUUUGCUUGAGCUUCUCAAUCAAUUGGAUUCAUUGCCUUCCCUUGCCCUUCAGGUGUUUAAUUGGAAGAGAUAUAGAAAGAGAAAUGAUCCUGGAACCCCAAUUGAUGCAUAUGAGUACUCUAAGGGUAUAAAGAUUGCGGGUAAAGCGAGGAAUGUUGAACUUGCUGUUCAGUUAUUUAAGGAGGCUGCCAACAAGGGUAUCAAGACGACCGGCACUUACAACGCGCUUAUGGGUGCUUAUAUGUUCAAUGGUCUGGCUGAUAAGUGCCAGGAAUUGUUUUUUGACAUGAAGAAAGACGCUACUUGUGUGCCGUCGAUUCCGACUUACAAUAUUCUUAUAUCUGUUUUUGGUCGAUUAAUGCUGGUUGAUCACAUGGAAGCGACGUUGCGGGAGGUGAAUAGGUUGGGGCUUACGCUUAAUGUGUCCACUUAUAAUAAUUUGAUUGCUGGUUAUAUCUCGGCUUGGAUGUGGGAUGACAUGGAAAGGGUUUAUCAAACGCUGAAGUCGAGCGGUGUCGAGCCUAACUUGAAAACCCACCUGUUAAUGAUCCGCGGGUAUGCGAAUUAUAGUAAUGUGGAGAAGAUGGAAGAAAUAUAUUCUUUGGUGAGGGAUCAUGUGAAUAAAAAAGAAAUUCACCUGAUCAAGUCUAUGAUAUGUGCCUAUUGUAAAAGCUCUGCAGCAGAUAGAGUUAUGAAAGUAGAGGGCUUGUUAGAGUUAAUUCCAGAAGAUGAUUACAGUCCUUGGUUAAACGUGUGGUUGAUUAAGCUAUAUGCCCGGGAAGACAUGUUACUUGAAAUGGAGAAUGCAAUAAAUGAAGCAUUUGAACAUAAAACCUCCGUAGUAACUGUGGGUAUUAUGAGAUGCAUAAUUGCAACUUAUUUUCGGUGCAAUGCUGUAGAAAAGCUAGAUAUUUUUGUGAGACGUGCUGAAUCUGCUGGCUGGAAAAGCUGCCGCUCCUUAUACCACUGUAAGUUGGCCAUGCAUGGGUUACUGAAGCAGUUUGAAGAAAUGCAAUAUGUCCUUAGGGAGAUGGAUGACGUCAAACUUUAUUCCACCAAGAAAACAUUAUGGAUAAUGUACAAAGCAUACUUGAACUCUGGUCAGAGAGCCAUGGUUUCAAAAAUAGUAGGACAAAUGUUCAAGCAUGGUUAUGAAGUUCCCUUGGAUGCAUUUCCAUCAUGAAAUAUAUUGCAUGAAGUGUAUAUUGCUGCUCUCACUGAUAGUAAACACAUUCAGCAGAUUAAUGUGAAGAUAUUGUUUACACUUACCUGAAAUUGAACUUGUUUAUUCUGGCAAAAGGACGUGCAGCUCAUUGAAAUGAUUUAUAAUGCGAAUACAUUGAUGGAAAUUCUUUAUAUAUAGUUGCACAUGACCCUGAUAUUGGAAGUAAUCUUGAACAAGUACAAAGGUCAUCUUCAGUGGCUUGCCAUCUUAUAUAGUCUAUUUGUAGAAGAUCAAACACAUGACCUAUGAUGCACCGACUCCGACACGGACACCGCGACCCGUCUUAAAUCCAAAAAGUUGGCUCUCGCCUCCUUCUUGAUCAUCAUCAUUGGAAGAAAGCUUCGGUUCAUCAAAUUAUAAAAAUUACUAAACUAACAACUUGAAGAAUUUAUAUUUCACCAAGUGAUCCAAGCUCUUUAUUUUUUUAUUCAAGAGUUUUGCAGAUGAUGUUGUACUAGUGCUGUCUUUGGGGAAUGAAGGCACCCAGCAUGCUGAGAGCUUCUAGUCCUUUCAGAAUCUUGAAUCAGUUCGGCUCUUCCACAGAAGCAGGAAGUAAUAUCUGCCUGCCACAGAUAUUAAUGUUUAUAUUACAAUUACACAUAACAACUCUUGAUUUUAUGCAGAGGCUAUGUACUGAAAGUCCCUAUUAAACCUUUGGAAGAGCACUGAAGGCAAUAUGGGAAUUACGUUUAAAAGAUGUAUGAAUUUGGAGAGCUUACUGUGCACCAAACAAUCAAUUCUUUUAAUAAUUGGUCCCCUUCCUAUUUGAUAUGAAAUGAAUUAUUUCAAUAUUUUUUCAGUUAAAA